GUGAAUAUUUAGUACAUUCAUAUGUAGUACUUUCAUCUUUUCUGUUUCGCACCCUUGUCUAUUUCAUUAUAUCAUUCAACUUUUUUUUUUUAAAGGGAAACUAAGGAGGUAAGCCUGCUAUCUUUCUGAUUUUAUGGUAAAUAUCUGUUACAAUGCCUGUCUUUGCUGAAUGUGUCAGAAGUCGCAUUUUGUGAUGAGUUGUAGUGAAUGUAAUUGAUUUGAAAUCUAGACCUAAAAAAUACAAGCGCGGUAGAUUGAAUCAGCUGGAGGAAUUGUUGUAUGUUAUUGUGCAUUAAUUUUGAUAUAUUGUUAUGGAACACAAACCAGUUGUGUUGAUGGAGCGCUAUGAGUUGGGGAGACUUUUAGGAAAAGGCAACUUUGCCAAGGUCUAUCAUGCAAGGAACAUUAAAACAGGGAUGAGUGUUGCCAUUAAGAUGAUCGACAAAGAAAAGAUUAUGAAGGUUGGGAUGAUUGAGCAAAUUAAAAGAGAGAUUUCAGUUAUGAGAUUGGUUAAACACCCCAACAUAGUGCAGCUUCACGAAGUUAUGGCUAGCAAAUCCAAGGUUUAUUUUGUAAUGGAACAUGUUAGAGGCGGUGAGCUGUUUAGUAAGGUGGCAAAAGGGAAGCUGAAUGAAGAUGCUGCAAAGAUGUAUUUUAAGCAGUUGAUUAGUGCUGUAGAUUUCUGUCAUAGUAGAGGAGUGUAUCACAGGGAUUUGAAACUAGAGAACAUAUUGUUAGAUGAGAAUGGGAAUCUUAAGGUCACGGAUUUCGGAUUGAGUGCUCUUGCUGAAUCAAAGCGUCAAGAUGGAUUGCUUCACACGACGUGUGGGACGCCUGCUUAUGUUGCUCCAGAAGUGAUUGGUAAAACAGGUUAUGAUGGAUGUAAAGCUGAUAUCUGGUCAUGUGGAGUGAUUUUGUAUGUUCUUCUGGCUGGAUAUCUCCCAUUCUAUGAUUCUAAUUUAAUAGAAAUGUAUAGGAAGAUUGUCAAGGCAGAGUUCAAGUAUCCCAGUAAAUUCCCAAUAGAAGCACGCAGAUUAGUAUCAAAGAUGUUGGAUCCGGAUCCGAGUACCAGAAUAUCCAUAACCAAGAUUAUGCAAAAACCUUGGUUCCAGAUAGGGUUCGACUCCAACACCAGAAAAGCUGAGAAAGCAGAAAAAGGACCUGAAGUUUUCAGCUCUUUAGAGAGUAGCAGCAACUUAUUAGAACGACCAGAACGUGACAAGCUAGGUGACCUAACUGCUUUCGAUAUCAUCUCCCUUUCAGCAGGCUUUGACUUGUCAUGUCUGUUUGAGAAGAAGUGUCAAAAGAAGGAAGUAAGGAUAACAUCCAUGCAUCCACUCGAGACCAUUGUUUCUAAGUUUGAAGACAUAGCUAAAAAGCUAAGAUUGCAACUAACUAAGGAAGGUGGUGUGUUGAAAAUGGAAGGGUCAAGAGAAGGUCGAAAAGGGGUUUUGUCCAUUUAUGCAGGAAUCUUUGAGAUUACACCAAAUUUUCAUCUGGUUGAGGUCAAGAAGGCAAGGGGAGAUAGCUUGGAGUAUCAGAAGGUGGUGACAGAGGACAUACAGCCAGCACUGAAAGACAUUGUUUGUACUUAACAGGGUUAUCUAGCAAAAUCUAACCAGUAGUAAUAAGAAACAGUGUCUCACAUAAGAGGAUUUAUGAAAUAUUGUGAUAAUGGUCCGUUUGUUCAUAUCAGAUUGUAACACUUAAGUUUGUUCAUGAGUGCUUCCAUCGCAAGCUUGUAGGUGUAGCUUCCUUAUCUUUAUAGGAAAUCUUCAUGCAGCCACUAUGUUGUGCUGUAAUCUAAAUAUGAUUGCAGUGGCAGAUGCUCUGCCCUUGCGUUUUGAGACA